GUGCGCAUGGGCACGACAAAGUGGCCGGCUAGUGGUGGUGUUUUGUUUUUUUCCAAGCUCGGUGAGACUGUAGACGAGACACUAGUUCAUCACUUUAUCGAACUCGCUUCACACACACGUGGACAUCGCUAACUUAUUUAACACAACUAAGAACAACAGUCCGAACAAUUUGAUGACAAAGGGGACUGAUAGAAGAUGUGUGCUGCUGUGUAUGUCCUGUCAACGGUAACGGGCUACGUGCUCACCUCUGCCCUGCUGCUAAAAUGCCCAAAUCUGUUACAUCGAAAGAAGCGAGAGACUUUCGUCAGCAAGCACAUUUCUCACCGUGGAGGGGCAGGUGAAAAUCUGGAAAACACUAUGAUGGCUUUCAAGCACGCUGUGGAUGUCGGCACAGAUAUGCUGGAGCUGGACUGCCACCUGACAAAAGAUGAACAGGUAGUGGUUUCACAUGAUGGCGACUUGCAGAGGACCUGCGGCAUCGACACCAACAUCUCCGAUGUGACCUACGCUGAACUCCCUCCAUACCUCUGCAGGCUGGGUGUAACCUUUCAGCGAGAGUGCUUCUGCGAAGGAGGAGAGGACAAACGCAUCCCUCUCCUCAGGGAUGUGUUUGACGCAUUUCCCAACACUCCUGUUAACAUUGAUAUCAAGGUUAACAAUGACACGCUCAUCAAGAAGGUCUCCGAGCUGGUCGUGAAGUAUGACCGAGCGCAUCUGACUGUCUGGGGCAACGCCAGCAACCAGAUUGUGAGAAAGUGUUACAAAGAGAACCCUCAUAUUCCAGUGUUGUUCAGCUUGCCCAGAGUGUUGCAGCUGUUAGGCCUCUUCUACACUGGCCUCCUGCCCUUUGUUCCAAUCAAGGAGCAGUUCCUGGAGAUCCCCAUGCCCUCCAUUAUCACCAAGCUAAAGGAUUUACUGUCCCACACCUCAGCUGAUUAGUGUUUAUUUUUCUCUUGCAGUUUGCUGAUGAGGAAAGCUCUUUUUGACCAUUUAACAGCUCGGGGAAUUCAGGUGUACAUUUGGGUGCUGAAUGACGAGGAUGACUUUCAGAGGGCGUUUGAUUUGGGAGCCACGGGAGUUAUGACAGAUUUUCCCACCAAGCUUAAAGACUUCAUGGACAGGAACAGCCUUUCCAAAGCGGAGUGACCUGCCAAAAUCUACCUCACCCCACCUCUCACCAGUGAUUAUCCUUCAGGGCCACUGACCUGCCAGACCAGCCCCCAACAUACACCCGCUUUUACUGCAGGCAUUCCAGCACAGCUACUCUCACACUGUGUUUUACAGUCUGUAGGAACUCCAACAUGCUCUGUAUUAGGAACCGCGUGUUGUACAUGUAGUGGUAGCACAUACUCCUGUUUUUCAUUACUCAUACUAAACAGUGUGAUCAUAUUAGAGCUUGACUGCUAUUGGGCCCCGUCACAGAGACAGUAUAUCGCCACAGGCUUACAGAUUUUCUGAUAUGACUCAAAAUGAAAACGUAUUUGGGUAAUUUGGUUUACAAUCCUCUCAGCAAUGACUGCAGCAGAUGGCGGUGCAGUCAUGCGAUGUCUUCACAGUAAGUUGGUAAGUUACGACUGAAGUAUAUUUCGAAAAAGUUAAUAAGAAUUGUUGCCAUUAUAACACAAAUAUACUGCAUGCAUUUACAAUGUUUUAGAUGCAUAAAUGAUGAAAUCUGAAUGUUUUCUUUUAGUCACAAAAAAUCCUGGCUCAUUAUGAUUAUUAUU